GGUUAACCCAACCACAAACCCUUUCCUAUCGUGCCAUGCACAAGCGCGCUGGCACGGAAUGCAUUUAAUGCAAAUAUUGCAAAUGCGCAUUUAGUAAAACCGUGCUAAAGUGGGGCGAAGUCUGUUUUGCUUUGAACUUUCGACAUGAUUGCAGUAUGCGCGUAAACCGCUAUGCCGGUCUUUGCCAUUGUUUGAUUACAUCAGACCCAACAUUCAGCACAUGAAGUCAAGCUGGUGCUAAGUGCGGCGAGCCUGUACGCCAGGGCGUCGGAGGCGAAAUGGACAUGUGGAAACCACCGCAGGCCUUGCUGCUGGCCCUGCUGCUCCUCACUCCCGCCUCCCAGCUCCGAAGCCCGCACCCGCCUCCUGCCGCCGCCUCCUUCCUGCCUGGCAGCAGCGGCGCCCUGCCGUCCUCCGGGGCGGGGAAGGGCGGAGGCAGCAGCGGCGGGCCAAGCAGCAGCAGCGGAAUACGUAGCGCCGCUGCGGAAGGUUUGGCUAGCGGAGGAGCAGCAGGAGGUGGCGGCGGCGAGGGAGGCGGCGGGGGCAUUUGCACAGAUACAUGCCCGCUGGCUCGUAACGGGGUCUGCGAGGACGGAUCCCCGGUGAUACAGAGCAGUGGCGGCAACAGCAGGAGUACGACGGCAGGGGGGAUCCAGGUGGCUUGCGAUCUGGGUACGGAUUGUACGGACUGCGGGCCGUACCGCGGUGUCGUACCCGAGUGGGGCACGUCUGGCGGCUUCAAGGGCCCUAUCGACUACCUCAACCGCCGGGGGGUGCGGGUGUGGGCCCGGCGGUUGGCUUUCCCGCCGCACUUCGUCAUGGCCUAUACGGACCCAAAGGAGGACCUGGACGUGUCGGAGCAGCUGGAGCGCAGCGGCUGUCUGGAGCUGGGCAUUGUGCAGGUGUUCAACCACGUGUUGGAGUCCCGCUGUGCGCCCUUCAAGCCACCCGCCCCGGCACCCCAUGCGCACGGUAGCAGCAGCAGCAGCAGGGCGGCGGGGGAUGCAGUGGGGGAUGGGGCUGCGGGAAGCGGAGGCGGUGCAGGAGGGGCGGCAGGUGCCGGAUCAGGGGCAGCAGGAGGGGCAGGUGAGGCGGGUGCUGCCGCUGCUGCCCCCGCUGCCGCCGCCCCGCUGGUUGUGGCGGUGGUGGCGGGGGCGGUGUCGGAUGCGGCGGGUGGCAACAUCAGCAUUGAGGCACCCAGGAGAGGCGUGUGGGGCACCGCGAGUGUGGCGGGCAUGAUAGCGGGGGUGCAGGAGGACGCCAAGCUGGAGAGGGUGACGGUUCCCGCCGUACGGUUGGACGAGCUGGUGCCCCCCGGGGAGGUCGUACUGCUCAUGAAGGUGGAUGUGGAGGGCUACGAGCCGGUGGCGCUGCGCUCGGCGGCUGGGCUGCUGGGGCUGCGGCAGCGGGGGG